GACAAGGUUUCCCUGCCACGUCAGCAUACGUUCUGCGCGCAUUGCAGCCUGAUGGUUCCCGUCCGCAGGUGCUGACCUUCGAAGAAGCUUCCGAGAGGUUGUUCGCGGCGGUAGCGCCAGCGCCUUUUCAGAGCGUGAGAGGCCGCUGUGAGCAGGUGCAGCGUGAGCAAGCACCAAGGGCGCAGCUGCUGCUGCCAGGGCAGGAGGAAGGUCAGAAUCAGCUGCUGACGCCGCAGGAGCAGUCGCAGCAGCAAGGGCAAGAUCACGAUCUGGGCGAGCAGCAGCAGCAGCAGGGAUCCCUUCGGUCGAGUAUAUCCCCCGGCACGCGUCCUCUCCGCUCUGCCAUCCAAUCCCGACCCUCACCCCCCCAGCGCUCCUCUCCCACCCAGCGCCUCUCGCCCUAUCUCGGCGGUGACAUAGGCGUGGGCGGGAUCAGAGGGCCUCCCGCCGAUCCUCCCUCCGCUCCGCCACCGUCCAAGCUGCCUCGGCGACCCCCCGACCUCUCCUCCCGCCUUGCCGCCGUGCUGCAAAACAUCAACCCACCGGGGCCUGCGACCUCCCCCUGGCAAACCCUCCCCUGUGCAGUGGUGGCAGUGCAUGCACUUGUGCUCAUUCCCCAAAGCUCUUCUGAUGUUUCAACAAAAGCGGAUUCAUGCCCUCAACCAAACCCCUCCCCCCACCAGGUGCGGUGGCGGCAGUUCAUGCGGCAGGUGCGGAGGGAGGCGGCAGUGUGGGGGGACACGCCGCAGCGCAUCGCCUUUCACGCCUUGGAGGCGCUGCGGGCACGCAUGGAUGGCACCGCACUCACAAGAUGGCGCACUCCCUUGAAAGUCACCCUUCAGGAUUCGCUGGCAGCGAUGGGCCACGGCAACGAGCAUGGGAUGCCGGCAUUCAUGCACCUCGCCAACACUGCAGCCUCGGUGCGGCGGCGGCGGCUGCACAUAAUAGCCAUUGGGUUCUACGGCGGGCCCCAUUGGAUCAACAUCCUCAUGCGCCUCGCCGCCCACUUCUCCACCCCUCCGCUCCUUCCUGCCACUGCUGCCGCCGACAAUGACCUUCCACCAAGUGGAAUCCCCACAAACCCCCCCACACCUCUUUCACAUGCUGCUCCCCCGUCCCGCCCGACAGCCCACGUGAAAAUCACAGCCGUUGACUUAGGGGUUGUCAAAGUGGAGGAGUAUCCAACGGGCCUGGUGCAUCUGGGGGGGAAGUACCUGGGGCAGGUGGCAUCUAUGCUCGGCCUCUCUCUCACCUUCCAUGGCAUAGAAAGCACACCACAUGACUUCCACCCCUCACAAGUGGAGGUGGAUGAAGGGGAGGAGGUGGUGGUGCUGGCCAAUUGGGGCCUCAUGGUCUUUCCAGACGAUACAGUGCUUCGCUCCAAUCCCCGCAAUUCCAUUCUCAAGUGGAUUCGGGACCUGCGCCCGCUGCUCCUCCUGCAGGUCGACAUUGAUUUGGAUGCCAACGGGCCCUUCUUCCUCUCGCGCUUCCACGCCGCGUUUGCUAACUUUGCAGCGUUCGUCGAGUCCUUUGAUGCUUCCAUGCCGCACGCCGCCACGCCACGCUUCGCGGUAGAAAGCAUCCUUGCACACGACUUUAUAAACGGGGUCGCAUGCGAGGGCAUGAACCGAUGGUUGCGGUCGGAGCGGCUGGAGAAAUGGGUGCAUCGAAUGAGAACCAUAGGGCUGGAGCCGGUGCCGAUAGAGCCGGAUACAGUGGCGGCUGGGAGGGAGAUCACAGAGGGGAAGGAUGGGCGGUUCAGGUUAGAAGUGCAUGCGCUCCAGAGGCCUCACCCCCUCCCCCGCUCUCCUCACUCGCCUCUCCUCCUCAGUGAUGGUAGUGGAGAGUGGCUAGAGUGCCUGGAACAAGGGGGUGAUGCGGAUGAGAUGGCAUGGCAUAUUCGGAUGCUGAUGGUAGGAACGGAGUGCUCGGACCGCGUGAAGGUGCUCAUGGAGGCGCAGCGCAAGUGGGCCAACGAGGCUCGCGCGCUGCGGAAGAACCUGACAGAUGUCACCCGAGACGCGAUGGGGCUGGAGGAGGAGCUGGAGAAGGCGCAAACGGCUUACAAGCAGAUGCGGCAAGUGCCCUUGUUUCGCCCGAACGUUGAGCCAAUGUUGAGAAGCAUGCGUAUACACGUCCGUGUGCAGGAAGCUGCUCAGAGGAGACAGCAGCAGCAGAAGGCGCAAGAGCAAAGCGCGCAACAACAGGGACAGCAGCAACAAGAACCAGCACAAGCCAAGGCAGCGAAAGAAGGGCAGACAGGAGCAGGGGGAGCGGGAGGUAGCAUACGAGGAGGGAAACUGCAGGAUGGGGGAGUGGUGCAGGCAGGGGGGGCAGGGAGAGCAGGGAGGAUGCGGGGAGGGGGCGAGGCAAAGGAUGCAGUGGCGGCGGUGGUGAUCAUGGCGUGCAACCGAGUGGACUAUCUCGAUCGCACCAUCCAAUCCGUGCUGCUGCACCACAAGGGUGCUGACAGCAAGUUCCCCCUCUUCAUCUCCCAGGACGGCACAAAUCCAGGAGUGAAGGAGACGGCCAAGCAAGCCCACCAGUUCACCUACCUGCAGCACAUCGAGACAGCACCACCCAGAAUGAACAACCCAGGAGAGAACAUUGCGUAUUACAGAAUAGCAGAGCAUUACAAGUUCGCCCUCACAGAGCUCUUUGACCGACGGCAGUUUCCACGUGUCAUCAUUCUCGAAGACGACAUGGAGCUAGCUCCUGACUUCUUUGAUUACUUUGAGGCCGCCUCGAACCUGCUGGAUGUGGACGAGUCCAUCCUGGCUGUAUCCUCGUGGAACGACAACGGCCAGAAGCAAUUCGUGCACGACUCACACCAGCUCUACCGCUCCGACUUUUUCCCGGGGCUGGGCUGGAUGCUGAGGAGAGAGCUGUGGGCGGAGCUCAAGCCCAAGUGGGCCAGGGCCUACUGGGACGACUGGCUGCGCCUCCCGGAGCAGCGCAAGGGCCGCCAGACCAUCCGCCCGGAGGUCUGCCGAACCUACAACUUCGGGGAGCAUGGCUCCAGCAUGGGCCAGUACUUCAACCAGUACCUGGCGCCCAUCAGGCUCAACACCGAGCCCAUCAACUGGGCUCACAAGGACCUCAGCUAUCUGCUAGACGUCAGCUACCCCUCCUACAUGCUCUCGCAGCUGCGCUCAGCCCGCCUCAUCCCACUCGCAGCAGUGAAUACCGAGGUGGUAACCCCAUCGGAGCUUGGUUACGAUGUCAUGGUGGAGUAUCGGGAUGAAAGCAGUUUCGCGGAGCUUGCGGGGGAGUUUGGCGUGUUUCAGGAGUGGAAGGCGGGAGUGCCUCGCACGGCUUAUAGCGGGGUAGUAGUGUUUCGCCUUUGCCACGUGUCCGCCUCCCUGUCCCACCGCACGCUUCUCCCCGUUCCUUCACAUCCAAACGUCGAUUUCACCCUAGCUGCGCGCCCAGCCGUUCCGCACCGGCGGCGCGCUCUCCGCGUAUCCGCUCCGCGCGCGCAAGCCGACAAUGGCUCGAGUCAGAGAAGCGGGCCGCGGUGGGACCCGUUAUUAGCAGACUCGGGAACAGAUUGCCCCGUGCCGGAGGAGCAGCAGCCUAUUAACGAGUACCAGAGCCUUCUAGAGAGCGCGGUGUUCCCGUGGGUCACGCUAGACGGCCUUAACUACGCGCUGCGGCUCCUGGGCAUUGGAGUGGUUGUCUCCGCGCUGAUUGGCUGGCCUAUCGCGUCGCUGACGUUCGAUCCCAAGAGGGACGCGCUACAGUGUCUGCUGGGGUCACUGGGCGGCGGCCAGUUGGCGGUUACGUUGGCGGCGCUUCGGCUGUAUCUGGGGUGGUCGUAUAUCGGCAACAGACUGUUCAGUGCUACAGUGGAAUACGAGGAGACGGGGUGGUAUGACGGGCAGGUGUGGGUGAAAACCCCCGAGCUGCUGGCGCGAGACAGACUGCUCGCCUCCUACAAGGUGGGUUGGGCCGCACACAGCAGAUAA